AUGGGUGUGGGGUGUGUGCGAGCAGGAGCUCAGGUCGGGAUCACAUAUGGAAGAAACGCAGAGAAUCUGCCAACACCAAGCCAGGUGGCGGGUUUCCCCACACAAAAUUUGAACUACUCGAUCCCUAUUCUCCGUUUACUUGACGCUGAUCUUCAGGUCUUGCAAGCUUUCAGACGCUCCAACCUUGUCCUCACCGUCACCCUUCCCAGCGACCAAAUCCCCUCGGUUCCGCUAAAUCGGCGUCGGCAACGAGCCCAUCCCCGGCCCCGACGCCUCAUUGGUGGCCCCGGCCAUGAGAAACCUUCACACCAAGCCCUUAUCUCUAACAAGGUGCCCUACGACGUAAAGGUCACAACCUCCGUAUCCCCUAAAGUUCUGGGAAAGUCCUACCCUCCGUCGGCAGGUCAGUUCGAGGACAGUGUCUCCAACUUCAUGACCGAUGUCACCAACUUCUUGCAUUCCAUCGGAGCGCCGCUCCUAAUAAACGCGUACCCUUAUUCUGCGCUGGUGAAUGAUCCGCAGCACGUAGCUCUGGAGCCUGUUUUGUUUCAGGCGAAAAAGCCGCUGGUAAUUGACGGAGAGCCGGAGUACUUUAACUUAUUUGACGUGAUGGUGGAUGCUUUUGUGGCGGCGGCGGCAAAAGUGGUUGGGCGGGAGGGGGUGAGGGUCGUGGUGUCGGAGACGGGGUGGCCUGUGAAGGGGAACGAGCCCUACACUUGUGUGGAGAAUGCCAGGAAUUAUAACAGAAACUUGAAGGACCACGUCGAGCGAGUUGGGGGCACUCCUAGGAUGACAAACUACUUGGAGAAUUAA